GUAGCUUGAAGGUGAUGCUGCCCGCGCGAUAGCCAUCAUCGUCGAAUACCCCCGCCUAUCAUAUCCCGCCUGUUUCGAGCCUAGCCACUCGAGACAUCUUCACCAUGGUCGGCGUAAUAAGGAGAUUACACAAGCUCAAGGCUCUCCUUGACAUCAGGUGCGGGCCGGGGGCUGCCAUCUUCCCCAGCGAUGUGACCAGGAUACACCUCGAGUUUGCCUAUGGUCUGGCAGGACACUUGGGACCAAGGAAAUUUUGGAACACAAAUCUCCCACGACUGAAAUUCUGGAACCCCGCUAUUCCGAUGAUUGUCAACCGAACAACAGACGUAACUGGGCCAGCGGUAUUGAGUGUCUACUUCCGCGAGCCGGGCUCGAUAUUGCAGGAAUUGCAGACGCCAAGUUCAUCUUUCCACGGGUUCGCCAAGGCCCCACAACCAGCCGAGGGCGAGCGUGUCCUUACGAUUGAUAUGAAGAACCUGCCGUCCGAGAAAAUUCUCGACGAGCUCAUCAGCAAGAGUGGCGCGGUUCCAGUAAGACCAACACCGCAAGACGAGGCCGACUUGGCCGAACUCAGGGACUUGGAGCGCACGGGAGAGAUCGACCGGGAAAGAGUAAAGAGGAAGACGGAUGCUGAGAAGAGGGAGAAGAGGCUCAUUGCCCAGGCGCAGUCUGAGGCUGCCGCUAUCAGGGCUGCGCUAUAAGCAGCUUGUUGGUGGUGUUGGGGACAGUUGGUUGAGCGUCACUCUGGGUUCGGAAAGAGCCCGGAGCUUGUAUAUCAUCAUAUGUGAAGCAUUACCCAAAAGAACAUAAGAUAUCACAAUGUUUCUGGGCUUUAUCUGGGAUACUGGAAGUUUUACAUGGCAAAGGGCAUGGAAUUCAUGAGUUUCCUAUUCUCCGAUACCC